AUGGAACGGCUACGAGAAACGAUAGUGAUUUUUACUUCACUUUUAACAAGUUUGGAAGCAAGUGGUAAUAGAUGUUAUGUAUGUACAACAAUUGACGCAAACGCUAUGUUAAAAGAAAUUGCCGAUCCGAAUUGGCUACGAUGGCUUGAAAAUGUUCGAUAUGCACCUUAUUCUGAGCAGUGUGCGGAUAGCUUUAAGGUCGAUCUGGCGUUGAGAGGUGGAGUGAAGAAUCAUGAGUGCGCACAAGGAACAUGCAUGAAAAUGGUAAUCCAGCAGAAGAAUGGUAUGAGCUAUGUGUGGCGAAGCUGUUUGGCGCAGACGAAGAAACAAAUUCGACAAGAUUGUACACGCGUGUCUAGUAGUGAAGGAAAUCUCGAAGUGUGCACAUGCGGCGGAAAUUUAUGCAACUACUCGAACAAGAUCUCCUUACCUACAUCUUUACUAUUUAUUCUUCUAAUUCGAUUAUAUUUCCUUGUGCUAUGA